UGUUACGUAAAAAUAUUUUUAACUAUCUGUAACUUUGUAUGUAUAGUUACGCGGCCGCCAUUAUAGAAUUACGGUGAAUUCACAGCAAGGUCUCUGGUGACAGAACGAUGAUCUGCAACAAUCACAGUUAACGCCUCUAUGAUGUCCCAACCAACGCAACUCCAUUUACCCAAAGUGAGAAUGUUGUCUCGUGGUGGUAGAUCUAUCAAGAUCACAAAUGUGAAAUCCAUCAGGCCACCAGAUGCUGAGCUGAUGAAGAAGCAGGAGGAGGAGAAAUUGAGGGUUGAGUUACAAAAGGAGAUUGCAUCCCGAUACCGCACCUGUGGGCAUCAGAAGUACGAAUGCCUCCUUCCAGUGUUGGUGGGUCGGGCAUUCUGUGCCCAGCAUAUAUUGGAUGACUGCACAGCGCCGUACCAGCAGUGCGCGCAUAUUAAUUCCCAGGGUAGAAGGUGCCCUGCAGCAGCCCCAAAGGUGGAUCAUAGCGUUUGCUUCGAACAUGCCCGCGCAGCCCUAAUCAGCCGUCAGCGGAGCGCUGCGCUUCCGCCCCCUGUCACUACGACGGAGACUCUGUUGAACCAAUUGCAACAUUAUAUACGGCCAGAACGUACGCGUACAACAUCGGGCGCCUCCUCCGUGUCUGUGGUUAGCGAUCCAGCUGACAACGAAAUCACAUCGCAUUCUGUCGAUCCGUUUAAGGAAAUAGAAGCGACCGUGGUCAACUCUGCUGUGUCGUCGAACAUAAUGGAAUUCGCCAGCGCAAGUGAAAGUGAUUGCGAUAGUAUCGAACUGAAUGAAGAUAUUACAGAUCUCUUGACUGAUACGGAGGAUGCGCCGUGUGAAGAUCAACCGUUAUGGCGCGCGGGCGUAUUCACAGCUGAAGAAGCGGUGUCGGAGGCGAAGAACGUUUUGAAAUUGUUAAAAGAAGCGUACGUAGGACAAAUGGGGAAAUUGAGGAUUUCCCUACAAAUGGGGAGACUGCAGUAUUUGAGGAACUUAAAGGCUGAGAAGGAAUUGUAUUGUAGUAUAAACACCCAAUCGAAGAGCGGACCCCAGACGGUGCACGAGAGGAGGCAAAUGAGGAAGUUGAAGGCGUACGCCAGUUAUCACAAGAAGUAUCGAGGGGAAGCCAUUUUGGCGAAGAAACUUCAGAAGAAACGUGCUAAGGUGAACGAGAUACCCACGAAUCGGGGUAAUCCACAACAAGGCAGGUGUUCGUUCACAGAGGGCGGGGUUCGAUGCUCGACACAUACACUUCCCGCGACGAAGCACUGUCUCAAGCACAUACUAUACGACCGGCAGCAGGUGCUGUUCAAGCAGUGCAGCGACCAGCGCGGAGGUGUGGCCUGCAGGGAGCCCAUCGCCAAGUUGCCUCUCGCCUCCAAUGCCUGCAGAUAUCACACGGGGCCACCCGUGUAUGCAACUUUUACGUUGAAGAAAGACGAAACGGACUCGGAUGCCGACUCCCACUCAUCAUCAGACAGUGAUGAUGAAAUGCCGACUCCAAGGAAGUUGACUCCGGCUGUGGCCAGUGGCCUGCUCGAUGUCCUCGGCUACAAAUGACAUCAGGUCCGUCCAUAUGUCAUAUGGAGUAGGCGAAUAGUAGAGACAAGUAGUUCAAGUGACACAGAUUUUAGUGUAUAAUUGACAUAAAUCACUAUAAUUGUGAGUACAUUUUAACUAACGUACAUUUUUACUGUAAAGUGAUUCUAAGUGGAUUUGGAAUAUGAGCCUUAAUGUAUAAGGGAGCGUUCAAGUAUUACGUAACGAAUUUGGGGGG